GGGCAUACUCUAUCUUUCAUCCGCAAUUCGGAGGCCUUGUUGACCUAUGGAAGGAGACUGUACGGAAAUACACGCAAGAUGUUCGCUAUCCAGGUCGGCCGUAUCACGUUUUACAUACUCAAUGAUCCCCGCCAUGUUGCAACCUUUUACCGCGAGACCGAGACACUACCCUUCGACCAUUUCCUUGCGAAGACUAUCACUGGCUUUGGCAUCUCAUCCGAAGGAGUGAAGAAGAUAUUCGCAACGUCUCUAUCGGAAGGAAGAAAGUCGAUCGUCUGGAAGGCCCAUGACCUGCAAGUCCACCAAACACGUGGUGAGAAUCUUGCAACACUAGACGCGGCUAUCUAUAGUUUUUUACAGCGUGUGAUACAUUUUGACACGACCCACAAAGUGGGCUUUGCUCGGUUCGGGAAAAAGAGGCAAGCGUCCUGGUCCCUUAAGACCUGGACCACCGAGACGAUCAUUCACGUAUUGCAGGAUGUCUACUUCGGAGAUGAGCUGGCAAGGAUCGAGCCCGACAUGCCUCACAUUCUUGCGGAGUUCGACAACGUCAGCCAUCAGGCGUGGUACGGAUAUCCUUUGUUCUUGACGCCCACACGCAACCGUCUCGACCGUCAUAUCAAAAGCUGCCUUAAACGUUACUUUGAACUUCCGCAGGAGCAAAGAAGAAGCACAGCAUCUUUCACGCAGAGCCUCGAGAACGAAUGUCGGGCCAUCGGACUUGAAAAUGAGGACCUUUUGUCACUUAUGCUGUUCAUGUACUGGGGUAUCUCCACGAAUACCUCAAAAACCGCUUUCUGGUUCUUCUCACAUAUUAUCUUCCGCCCUGAUUUGGCUGACACGAUUCGAAACGAAACAGCAGCCGCGUUUCGUGACGAUGGAUCGGUCGACACCGAGUGCUUAGUGUCGAAGUGUCCAGUAUUUCACAGUAUCUGGCUGGAAACACUUCGUCUCUCAGCUGCCUCUACGGCCGUGAGAUACAUUAUGGAAGACACAAAAGUCGGCAACACUGUCUUACCUAAAGGCAACGCUUUGAUGUACUCAGCACGUCAGCUACACCUCGAAAAUAACGCCUUCGGAAACGAUCACAAUGAGUUCGACCCUUUCAGAUUCUACAAUCGUCCUGCUUUGAAGCACAUUUCAAGUUUUCGUCCUUUCGGUGGAGGGCAAACGUUGUGCCCUGGGAGGCAUCUGGCGAAGCAUAUGCUCUUUACCUUCGUCGCCAUAACUCUAAGGCGAUAUGACCUUACAUUGGCCUUCCCUCAGCAAAUUCCC